UGCCGCUUUUUGGAGCCAAAAGAGAAACAAAUUUAGAAUUUACAACAAAUUAAUUUCUUUAAAUAAUGUCCGAGUGCCUGUGAAAGAAGAGUAUCCGUAGCUGUCCAAGCUUCUGGUUCCAAUAACCGUGGAAAGAGAACGGCACGCUGAGAAGAGUACCGCGCUCUCUUCGAGAUACACCUACUGAGAGUGCGUGGAAAUAAAAACAUUGCUUUCACUAUCUUCGCGAGAUAGUCUGCAUUUUAAGUUUAGUCGGCAUCAAGUAUAUAAGAUAUAAAAAAGUGCGUUGCAACUGGCAAGUUAUAUAAGCGGAUUAAAGCCGCGAGUGCAUUGAUUUUCCACGGGCCAUGGCGCGCCUCAUCGAGAGCAAUUUUGUACCAAUCGCCGUGGGCGUAGUCGCUGUGGUUGCCGGAGCUCUUAUCGUCCACUAUCUGCUCAACAAGAAGUCGACAAAACCGCGACGAGAACCCAAUAGAACCGCUCGCCUGCGCACUCUGGUAGAUCCCAAUGACAAGUAUCUGUUGCCGCUCAUCGAAAAGGAGGUGCUCAGCCAUGACACUAGACGGUUCCGCUUUGGAUUGCCGUCUAAGCAGCAUGUCCUUGGCCUGCCCGUUGGCCAGCACAUUCAUCUAAUUGCCACUAUCGACAAUGAUCUUGUUAUCCGGCCGUAUACGCCCAUUUCAUCCGACGAGGAUGUGGGCUAUGUGGAUUUGGUGGUCAAGGUUUACUUCAAGGACUCGCAUCCCAAGUUCCCAGCUGGCGGCAAGAUGACCCAGCACCUGGAACAGAUGGAGGUGGGCGACAAGAUCUCCUUCCGUGGACCCUCUGGUCGUCUGCAGUACCUUGGCAACGGCACCUUCUCGAUCAAGAAGCUACGCAAGGAUCCGCCCAAGCAUGUGACCGCCAAGCGGGUGAACAUGAUCGCUGGAGGCACUGGCAUCACACCAAUGCUGCAACUGGCCAGGGAGGUGCUCAAGCGCAGCGAUAAGGAUAAGACCGAACUGGCACUGCUGUUUGCCAAUCAGAGCGAAAAGGACAUUUUGCUACGUGAGGAGCUGGAUGAGCUGGCACAAAAGCAUCCUGACCAGUUUAAGGUCUGGUAUACCGUCGACAGGGCAGCUGAAGGCUGGCCCUACAGUGUUGGCUUCAUCAACGAGGACAUGAUCGCCGCCCACCUGCUACCCGCCAAGGACGACACAAUUGUGCUGCUCUGCGGCCCACCGCCCAUGAUCAACUUUGCCUGCAAUCCGGCUCUGGACAAGCUUGGCUACCAUCCGGACACUCGAUUCGCCUACUAAAGAAAGGAGAACGCCCAAGGCGCAAAAUCCUACGGAACAGAAGAAUUUGCAUUUCUGUUUUUGUCCAUUUCCUCUUCAUGAAUAUCCGUUGCUCUCGAACCAGAAGCUCAUCUCACCAGUGGAUACCCAGAAUUCUUUGAUAUUGCGACUCGGGAACGGUGUGAUUGAUCGCAGAGCGAGUGCAACAACAUCGAUACCAAUUGUUGUAGUUAUUUUUUUAUGAUUUGUGAAUAAACAAAUGUUGAAAAGACGGUAACAAGUUA